AAAAGUAUGAAAUUGAAAAACAAAACAGUAGUCUCAGAAUUUCUUCUCCUGGGACUGACAGAUGACCCAGAGCUUCAGCCCUUAAUCUUCUGCCUGUUCCUGGUUAUCUACCUGGUCACCAUCCUGGGAAACCUGCUCAUCAUCCUGGCUGUAAGGAUUGACUCCCACCUCCACACCCCCAUGUACUUCUUUCUCUCUAGUUUGUCCUUCACUGACAUCUGUAUGAGCACAACCACCAUCCCCAAAAUGCUACUGAACAUUCAAGCACAGGAUCAGAGCAUCACCUACACAGGCUGCUUCACUCAGAGCACCUGUGUCUUCACUUUUGGUGGUUUUGAAAGUUGUCUUCUUGCAGUGAUGGCCUAUGACCGCUAUGUGGCCAUUUGUCAUCCCCUAAGGUACCAGGUCAUCCUGACGCCUGACCUCUGUAUCCUGCUGGUUCUACUCUCCCUGCUCCUUAGCACUGGGCAUGCUCUGCUCCACAGUCUGUUGGCGCUGCAGCUGUCCUUCUGCACAAAUGUGGAAAUUCCUCACUUCUUCUGUGAACUUGCUCAGCUCUUCAAGCUGUCCUGCUCUGAUACCUUUAUAAAUACCCUUCUGAUAUAUUCAGCAGCAAAUAUAUUCUUUGGUGUUCCUAUUGCUGGAAUUAUUUUCUCUUAUACUAAAAUUGUCUUCUCUGUUUUCAGAAUGCCCUCAGUGGGGGGAAUGUAUAAGGCUUUUUCCACCUGUGGGUCUCACCUCUCUGUUGUUUCCUUAUUCUAUGGACCAGGUUUUGUUGUGUACUUGAGUUCUGCCAUUACUGACUCUUCCACUAAGAAUGCAGUGGCUUCAGUGAUGUACAUUGUGAUCCCUCAAAUGAUGAAUCCCUUUAUCUACAGUUUGAGGAACAGAGAAAUAAAGAUGUCUCUGAAGCAUCUCAUUACAGGGAAGCCUUUUAUAUUCUUGUGUCAUUAG